AUGCGCGAACGCCAUCUCUAUAAGGGGCGAUGUCUGGUACAGCGCAUGCGCAAGCACUCUGUCGGGCAGAUCGUGAAUCACACUGGGGAGAAGCCGUUCACCUGUUCUGUGUGUGGGAAGGGAUUCACUGAUACAACCAAACUCAUGUUACACCAGCGAACACACACUGAGGAGAGGCCGUUCAGCUGCACUCACUGUGGAAUGACUUUCCGGAGUGCCUCCACCCUGCUAAGACAUCAACAGCUUCACUCUGGGGAUAGGCCUUUCACCUGCUCAGUGUGUGGGAAGAGAUUCGCCCAGUCCUCAGGCCUUUGUACACACCAGCGAAUUCACAGCGAGGAGAAGCCAUUCGGUUGCACCUACUGUGGAAAGAGAUUCAGACAGUUAUCCGAGCUCGACGCACACCAGCGGGUUCACACUGGGGAGAGGCCGUUCACUUGCUCCAUGUGUGGAAAGGGAUUCACUCAGUCAUCCACCCUGCUGAGACACCAGCGAGUUCACACUGAGGAGAGACCGUUCGGCUGCACUUCAUGUGGGAAGAGUUUUAGACAAUCAUCUGACCUCAAAGCACACCAGAGAGUGCAUACUGGGGAGAGACCGUUCAGCUGCUCCGUGUGUGGGAAGAGAUUCACUCGGUCAUCCCAUCUGCUGACACAUCAGCGAGUUCAUAAGUGACUGCAGUGGUUUGAUUCUUUUGUAAUUGCUGCUGUCACUUAAGUCGGAGGUGCACCGUCUGACAACGUCCUUUACAUCAAGGAGCCUGAGUAAAACUGGAAGGAUCUGGUGGAUUUCAGUCCACCAGUGGAGUUAUACCUAAUACUAAAGAAGGUGGUUGUGGUUCUCAGAGGUCAAUCAUCUCAUUCCCAUGACAUCACUGCAGAGGCUCCUCAGGGUAGUCUUAUGCCCAAACAUCUUCAGUACUUCAUCAUAAAGGUCAGGUUGUUCACUGAAGAUUGCACAAUAUUCAGCACUAUUUACAAAUUCCCAUAUACUGAAGCAGUCCAGGUCCUUAAGAAGCAAGACUUGGACAGUAUCUAGGCUUGGGUCAAUAAGUGGCAGGCAAUGACCAUCUCCAAUGAUACAGAAUCCAACCAUCUCCUCUUGCCAUUCAAUUGCUUUACAAUCCCUGAAUCCCCCACUAUCAAAAUCCUGCUGGAUGCGUUUGACCAGAAACGGAAUUGGACAAGCCAUAUAAAUACUGUAGCUACAACAGCAGAUCAGCGGCGAGGAAUCCUGAAGCAAUUUACUCACUUCCUCACUCCCCAAACCCUGUCCACCAUCUACAAGGCACAAGUCAGGAGUGUGUUGGAAUGCUGUUCCCUUGACUGGGUUAGUGCCAUUCCAACAAUACCUGAGACUUAAGAAGUCUGAUACCAUAGGGAUGAAAUAACCUGCUUGAUUGGCAUCAUAUCCACCAUCGACGUAAAAGAACAUGGAUGUCACAUGUCGUGAGCAUGGCCACCUGCAAGUUCCACUCUGAGCCUAACACCAUCUUAACUGUGAAACAUAUCGUCAUUCACUGUCACUGGGUCAAAAUCCUGGAACUCCCUCCCUAACAGGAUUGCACCUGUUGCUACACCUAAAGGACUGCAGCAGUUGACAAAGUCAGCGUAUCACGACAUUCUCCAGGGCAAUUCGGGAUGGACAUAAAUGCCAGGCCUAGUGAAUGGCUCCCACAUACCAUGGACAAAUUUUCAGAAACUCUUAUUUCUGCUAAAGUUAACAAACUCAAGGCAGUUACAGAGUUUAAUAUUCU